AAAAACACAAGAACUCAUAUUACUAAAAAAUGACUACUUUGAAGCAUGUCUUAAAAAUUGGCAAACUCCUUAUAUUAUCUUAUAUGAUACAGAGUUCAAUAUUAUAAAUAAAGAAUUAAUAAAUAUUCCUAAGAAUGCUUUCAAAAUUGAUAAAUAUACCUCAAUAGAGACAGAAAAUGUCAAGUUAAGUGAUUUAUUUUUAUUAUCUAUUUAUCAGUAUUGUUAA